ACACCCAUCAACUAUCUCCUCGUCAACCUGGCAGCAGCGGACAUCUGUUACGUAACAUUUGUUACACCAACAAUUAUUUUAAGCCACGAUGUCGACCAUCCAAAGGGGAUCGCUGGGACAAUUUUAUGCGCAAUUGUAACAGGAGGAGGAUUAGCAUGGACUGGAGCGGAGGCCUCAAUAUUUACACUGCUUGUUGUUGCCUUUGAAAGAUACUUUGCCGUUGUACAUCCGUAUGGAAACCGGGGAAUGCUAACGUUUCGCAAAGUAAAGGUGUGUUUCUUUAAAAUAAGAUGUUAUGCAGGUACAAAUUUCUCAACACAAAAAGUAGCCUUGCCUUUUUGUUGGAUCCGAUGAACAUAAGUUAGACAGCCCAGUAAACAGGCUAGCCUUCGUGAUUUGCGCAAGAAGGGCAGGGGUAGGAAAUGUGGGAGAAAAGCGCGACAGGUAAAAGGGAAGGGAUCGUUUACCCUCUCUCCCCAACCCUCCCCUCCCUUCCCUUCCUCUCAAUCCUCUACCACUUUUUUAUAGCCUACGCAGGCUAUAAACAGGCCUUCCUCCUCGCUCGUCUAUAUAUGCUGGCAAGUGUUGAGGCAAACUGAUUAAGAAACAGAUAAGAAAAUCGUGGGCGGAUCUGGAGGGGGGAGGGUUGCGGAUGGUGUCCUAAUCUCGGCUCUUCAUUCUUACUCCCAAAUGCGCUUUCCUUAUCUCAGAGACGAACUUUGUAGCUAAGACAUUUUUUUCCCCACGACAAAAAUAACUAACUUUUAGAUGUGUGAUUGACCUUUUUGAAUAUCAUUUUGUCUCUAUGUUUUAGGUAAUUAUUCCUGGAAUUUGGAUCCUCGGAGCAAUAAAAAAUGUCCCAGAAUUCGUGAAACGGAGCCGUUUUGUGAAGGAAAAUAGUUCUAACUACUGCAUUUCCUUAUUAGCUGAGGAAAGUGAAAAGGCCCUUUUUGCUGUUUACUCUUCAAUUGACUCUGUUUUGUUGAUUUUGCUGGUCUUGUUUUACUCCAAGAUCGUUUACACUUUUUGGUUCAAGCACAGUGAUAAUGUACUUACACAUCAACAACAGGUAGGAGAUAGCUAGGUUUAGCCCCGGAAAGUGGGAUACUCAACAAUGUAUUAUACGGGGAGGCUCCCCCUUGAUGUCCGACCCCUUAUCCUUUUAUAUACUAGUUUUGACAGAAGAGGUGCCCUUUUCGGGUGGAGCCUCACAGUAUAGGCCAUUACAGGAAAAACCCUCCGGGGAUUUAGCUGGCCUUUAACGGGGUUUACUCCCUCCCUUACAUAUUAAAGUUAUAAUGGUGUGUAUGGCAACAAAGGGUUAUGGUACUUUGACCAUUAUGGUGUUUUGGGUUUCAAAUAGUGUCAGGUUUCCUGCUUCCUGAUCUUACAGUUUGGACUCUAAGGUUUAAAUUUUUUCAUAAUACAGAACAAGUUAUUAGGCUUCAAUUCCGGCUAUCUUAAGUUGGACCCAAAAUUUAAGGUUUCACGGUCAUAACAAAGGUAGACAAGACGAAACACUCGGUAUUAUAGGUCACUUAUAUUGUACACUUGGGUAACCUGUGGUUUAUGUAUUUGUUUUGCACACAGGGUGUGUUGAGGUUAAGGAAGCGGGCCACCUUAACGGCUGUUACCAUCAGUGCCAUUCUUGUAAUCUCUUGGGGAGCAGACGGAAUAUUGCACCUGAUACAAGAAUAUGCUGGCUCCGUAAAACUGAGUCCUUUAACAACUCCUAUCACGCACACGAUAAUGAUAUUUAACUCUGCCGUCAAUCCCUUUGCUUACGCUUUGCUGAACCAACGAUUCAGGACGAAAGUGAAGCAAAUGGUAUGUCUGCGUUCUUUUGUAACAAGGGUUCAUCCUAUGUACCCGCAACAGCGUGAACGACAAGACAACGUGGUGGCAAUCAGCACUGGUAUCAUCCGUAUGACACAGAAAACCAACUGAGUGACAGGUUGAAGACAAUUCUCGAGAAAAAUGUGUGUCCACAGUAAUGGACACUGACGUUGCUGUCACCCUGCGACCGCACCCUGUGUCGUGUAAUCAGUUUUUCGUCAUUGUUUUUGUUCAUUGCAUCUUCCUUUCUGUUAUUACUAAGGUUAAGGCAAAGAGUAUCCAUAUAAAAAAAAGUUAUGGUCGACGCAAGUCCCUGCCACUCUGGCUUGUUUCGGCUGUAUAGUUAGUUCUUGUAGCGAAAUCGUCGAGCAUGAUGCCAUACUAACAAAAAGGUAAACCUUCGGACUUCGCGAUCGACCCCGCCCGUGACGACUGUAAGAAGUGGUCGAGCAAAGGAAGUAGCGAAAGUAUCAAAACAGUGAAAUAAAAUCCGUAAACCUUCACUCUUAAGUGUCGAUGCUUAAAUAGUAAAUAAACAUUAUGGUGCUUUUAGUCUUCCCCCGUGAAAACAAGUUUCCUUUGGUUGAAACAUGCCGUUUGAACGGCUUUUACUAAGCUCCGCCCCAAAUGCUGCGUCGUUCAUCUUGUAAAGGUGUUAUCGUUUCCUUACAUUGUUUACUGAUGGUAGCUUUUUAAAACUUCUUCCUUAUCUCCUAAGACCAAGAAAAGACGCAUGCCUACACAACGGACUAUCGUCGGGUAAAUAUCGGUUACAAAAGUCAUGUAUGAACUCCUCGGGUUUGAAACCAAAUUUCUGAUACAUUAGCAUGGCUGGAUUCGUGACUGAUACAUGGAGCGUCACGUCUUUACCCAAGCAAGUUUGAAUUAAGUGAUAAAUCAUGUAGGUUCCAAUCCCCACUCGGCGCCACUCGGGAUGGACUAAAACGAAUGAUGUAAGCCUCGUUGUAUUUCACAUCUGGGACCAUCAAGCCAAAACAAGAUAAAAACUGCUAUCCAUAGAGGCCCUAUAUGAUAAACUAAAUUGAACCGAAAUAAAAGUGAUUAUCAAGUACAAAUAAAAAUAGCUAUAAAAUGUUAUAUAAAAGUCUUAAUCAUAAAACUCUAACAAUCUAAAUCUGAUUAAAAAUUCCACUUGUACAUAACAGAAUACUCGACAGAUGACCAGUCAAGAAUAGAACAAGCUACCUGCGGGUCCGUGUAUUUCAGUGAAAAAGGAGAAUCAAGGAAAAUAAAGAUUUUUGUUGUUGUUCCUGUUGUUUCUUCUAUUAUAACGUUGUCGUUUCGAGCCAAGAUUGCCAAAAUUGUGGUUUCGAGCCAAUAAGUAUAAAUUUUUACCGUCUAUGCCAUAAGAAUAAUCUAAACUGUUAAGGGACGGGCAAGAGGGAGGUUUACUCAGCAAAAAGCGAGGUCACAGGGCUAGACGAACGUGUGUUCUGUCGCACUUUGUAAUAAAAUUGUCGCACUUUGUAAUAACACUUGUCGAACUUUGUAAUAAAAAAGCUGUCGCACUUUGUAAUAAAAUAAGCUGUCGCACUUUGUAAUAAACUUGAAAUGUAUGGUCGGACGACAUGUAAACCCGACAAUAAGUAUCAUCAUCGACAACAGCAACAACAGUAAUAAUAAUCAUAUAAUAUAUAAAUAAUUAUAAUAAUAACAUUCCACUGAACGGUUUUCAGUACCGAUUUUUGAAGUGCGGGCGGAGGAAAGUGCCUUCCCGCUUCAAUAUCUUUGUAGGAAAGUAAAACUCUUUCUUUGCGGAAAACCUCGAGACCAUGAGAUAGUGUCCAUAACAGCAAGAGUCCGUAGUGAUGGGAUUUUGUAUUGGAAUUUAGCUGCUAUCUGUAUUAUCGGGUUUUGCCUAAAAGUAAGGUGUCCCUGACUGUAUAAGCAAAAUAUUUUGAAAGUUUUACUAGUAGCACGGGCAACAAAGAAAUCCGGUUUCAUUGCCCUCGAGGAUAUGAUCUGUGAUAUAACGAGAUUUGUAUAGGUAAUAGCAUGAUUUGUAUAGUGAUGUUUGGUAUAAAUACCACGAGUGAUAUUUCGAAUUUGUUAUACGUAAUUUCACGAGCCGUUAGGCGAGUGAAAUUUGUGACAAUUUUGAAAUAUCACGUGUGAUAUUUAUGCCAAAUAUUACGUACAAAUCGUGUUAUUAUUUGUUUACACUACUACCCGCAAAAGGUUUGUAAUUUUCACAUGUAGGUAUUUCAAAUUAAUCUGAAAUACCAUUGCUCUAAGCCAAUCAAAUUGCAGAAAUUUCUCAUGUGGUAGUAUAAUAGUGUUUAUUGCCAUGAAUAAGCGCUAUACUAAUAGAACUAAAAAACACAAACAUCGAGAAAAACACGGUGCCACAAUCAUCAUCAUAAACAGACAAUCAUCAUCAUUAUUAUAUAUCUCACUAUUGCAUAUCAAUUGCCCACGUCAUUGUGCUACAAUGACUGCUAAUUUUGUGGAAAUUUCGAAUGCGCUAGAACCGACAUGAAACAAAAUAGAUUCAUAAUAAUCAAAAAAUGCGACUAAUGCUAAGAUAAGAUAACAAAACGUAAAAAAAUGCAAACACGAAAGACAAAUCUAAGUACAAUGAUACUAACAAAAGAUCUCAGUCUCGAACGUUUAUGCUCAAGUUCCACUCCUAUGUAAGUUGUAACAAAGCACUUUUUCGCCUGUUGUUGCCACGCGUUCUUUCUCCCUAGCUAAAUAAUGAGGUGUCUCUGCCUAGAGCUUUGAGGUAUGCUACAUGUUUCGCCAACAUAUAGCCAUGAUGAUAAGCCAUCCAAGACCUACAUAACGCAGUACCAGCGAAGCAUUUUCCCAUUUUUUUAUUUGAUAUUAUUCGCCAUAAUUCAUGCACGACACCACUUGAAGGUCCAAACAUUCUUAUAUGAGUAUUUUUUAAAAAAACUGACAUUUCCCGCUACCCCGCCACAGGAGAAGUAAAUACGCGGCAGAUGAUCUGAAAAGCAAACGAGUAUUAACUUGACAUCUGUGAGUAGGUCACGAAAGGGUGCCAGGUUCUUCUUUAACAAUGAAUGACGUCAUUGUUUAAGAUAAUUUUAAUCAUCAAAAUGCCAACUUCUUGAUUUUGUCAGACACCUUACUAUUUGAGUAUUUUUCGCUUCGAGGGAAAAAUUAUGGAAUUGGAUUUUGCCAAUAAAUUCAAGAACAUGACUUCUAAAUGACAUCAAAUUACGUCAUUGUGACAAUCAAGUUAUGCUUAGAUGUUGGAAAUAAAUAGUACAUUAUUCUGUGUUAUUGUGGUGUCCGUUUUAUUUGUGGCCCUUAUAUAAAUAAUAAUCAUCAUAAAACAUCUUCAAUAAUAAUAACAAUUAUUAUUAUUGUUGUUGUUGUGGUCGAUGAUGAUACUUAUUAUUGGGUUUACAUGUCCUCCAACCAUACAUUUCAAGUUUAUUACAAAGUACGACAACUGUUAUUACAAAGUGCGACAGCUUAUUUUAUUACAAAGUGCGACAGCUUUUUUAUUACAAAGUGCGACAAGUGUUAGUACAAAAUGCGAUAGGUCAUACAAAGUGCGACAGAACAUCGUCUUGUCUAAGGUAGUUUUUUUUUCUUCUCAGGUUUUCGGUUUUAUCCUUGUGUUGCGUACGAGAUUGGCCGAAUUUAUACUAGAGACGAACUAUUUGUCGAGACGGAUUAUCCGUCGGACGGAUAAUUCGUCUAAGUAUAAAUCUGAAGACGAAUUUUGACGAAAAUUUGUCUAGAUAUUUUACGUGGGUUGCGAAAAUAUAGAAACCAGUCCCUCUCAUGUAGCAACUUCGUCCAAAAACCGUCCACGUCCCGUCUAGAUAUAAAUUUAGAGACGGAUCAUCCGUCUAAGACGAAUUUUCCGUCUGUUAGCACGUCUUCAAGACGUGUUAACAGACGAAUCAGCCUCAGACGAAUUUUGCUCUAUACUUGGACGAAUUAUCCGUCUCAGACGGAUAACUUGUCGACGAGGGAUAAUUCGUCUCUAGGAUAAAUUCGGCCAAUUAAGCUUAGAUUAUUACGGUAGCCACUUUUUCCAACUUCAGGAGCCUUUUUCACCUUGGACAACACGAUAUGAUUAGAAAUCAUUUUCUGAAAGAUGCUAUAAAUUACAAAACUGCUUCUUUAAUUAAAUUUGCGUACUUGAAGUCAAAACAACGAACGCUUCAUUCUUAGAGAUUUGCACCAUCUGUGUUUCCCCCACAAAAGUUUGAACAGCGUGAAAUUUGCGAACAACCAGUUCAACGCGAGACGUUCUUACAUUCCCUGGAUCUUCCUGCGCAACCUUGAUUACGAAAAUUGCCUACAGAUAGAGAAAUACCCUCGCAGCUGUCUUCUUACCAGCAUGAAGUCAUUUCUCCCCGUCUUUUUUUUUUUUUUUGAAGGUUUGUGUAUGUGCCGAUGAACAAACGAACUCAAAAUCUAUUCCCGUAUCUCUGAGAUAAUUUUGAAAAAAAAAAGAAAAAGAAAAAGUGUCUCGUGGGUUCUUCUUUUGUUCUUCAUUGUUACCAUGUCCGUUGCAUCGUAGAUUUAGACGCAAGAGAGUAUACUUUAGGUCUUGUUUUUUUUACUUCACCAUAUGGAAUAUUACCUGCUUCUAAGCUUUUAACUUCCUAUUUUUGACCACCCAUUGUCGUUAAUGUAUUCUUCCAUUAUUACUAUUACCAUUUACAGCUAUUUCAAAUAAUCUAGACGGAAUGCUUCCACGGUAAGAUCGCACCGCCGGUAACUUCAUAAAAAUUUACCAAACGUAGCCAUGAAGAAACUUCUCUGUCGUAAAAUCACAAAGGCAAAGGUUUGUGAGGGUUUAUACAGUUAAGUGGCACUGCCAAAGUAACUUUGAACGGUUAAGGUGAAUUACAAAAGAUUUACAGCUAUGCCUUGUAGCCGUAUGUCUACACUAUACCGAGGGGGGCGUUGGGAUUUUCGGCUUUUCGGUUUUGGCCAUUUUUUAGGUCGGUUUUUCGGUUUUGUUGACCGUUGCGGUUUCCUCUUUUUCCGUUUUUUUAGCAUCUGGUUUUCGGUUUUUUGGCAAAAAAUAAAGCGGUUUUUCAGAUUUUGGUGACCGAUGUGCUUUUCUGGUUUUUCCAAUUUAGAAGGAAGUCAAAGACAGACUUGCACGGGCUCCCAAUGUGGAUUUUGUCGUUGUGUCGCAUUGUCAACUGCCUUCAAGUUACAUUUUUGCUCUUACAAGCAUUUCUUUUAGAGAUUAACCUCUUUUGUAGGAUAUGAUCGGAGGUCUUUUGAAAAUUGUUUUCAGCAGAGGCUGAUUUUCUUUUAGACUUCAGUUUAUAACAUCAAUGUCUUUUAAAGAUCUUGUACCGCUGGAUGAUACGUUGUAACGAAAGGCAAUAGUGUCUCUUUACUUCUUUGCUUUUGUUUUAGCGCCGAUUGUCUUAAGUCAAAGUUGACAUCUGACAUCGAGCUUUCUGUAUGUUGUUUAGGAUACCCACGGGCUUGGAAGUAUUGUUUAAAGUUCGAAAGGCACUCUUCAAAUGUGCUUUUUUAAGAGUUUGUUCUGAGCAAUCUUAUUGCUUCACCUUUUUAAUAAUGAAAUCUCUAUUUACCCCCGGAGGGUGGCACGAGGUAAAGUGUGUAUACUUAAAAGGUUUCGGUCGGCUUGUAGUGGGUUUUGAUGUCCACAAAAACCACAUUGGGAGUACGUGCAGGUCCGUCUUUGACUUCCUUCCAAAUUGAAAUGACUCCUUGUUAAGGUCCCGCUAACGACCAAAAAAGUGACAAACUUUGCGGGUUAGAUUCCUCUGUGGGUCUCUGUGCAGUCAUAUGUUAGGCUACUAUAUAUGUUUCUAUAUUUUACAGUCAAUCCAGGUCAAACUGCAAUGUGGGAGUCUGGAUUUUUGAUAGAGGUUUACACCUGGAGAGCUUUUUGCGGACGCAAAAUUUCACCCAAGUGUCCUCUAUUGCUAUUCAAUCGAGGAUUUUUGUGGACUCUCCUAGAGGGUCCUAGGCCUAAUAUGCCGGUUUUACGACCAUAGCAUCCAUAGGUACUGCUGAAAGUAUAGGGGUAUAGAAUGGUACUUCCAAAAACGUAGGUCUCAGAACAGUUUGGACUGAUCUCGAAAUCGCAGAAGCGUUUUGGAUGGGUCUCGCAGACGGUCUCGGAGUCUCGAAUCUGUCGUUUCUUCUUUCCGUUUUGGUCUUGAGAAGUCGAAUUUUUCAGAGUUCGUGGUUACAGCUUAUCGAACUGAGCUAUAAAAUUAAGACAGUAAACCAGGGGAAAGCAGUAUAUUGGUGGGCUACUGCUAGCUUUCGUUGACGUUUUUGGUCAUUUCAGUUAGCUUUACUGAUUUGCACCAUUGUAGAGUUUGGGCGCUUAAAGUCUCGGGGCUCGGAAUUUUUAGAAGUAAAGUCUCGGUCUCAAAUUUUCAAACCAGUCUCGAAUUUACCAUUCUUUUCCCCUGAAAAUGGAUCGUCACAGAUUGGAUAGAUUUCGGCGCCACUCUUUUGCACACUGUAAACAGGUGUUUAUACUGCACCGACAUGAAAAUCUAUCCGGUAUAUUUAGUGUACACAUAGCCUUAAAAUCCGACAAGAUUAAUUAAUUGAAGUACACUGUAGCUGUUCAUCACUUCUAUUAAUCGAUGAAAGGGGGAUCUUCCUUGAAAAGCCGUAAGCGCAAAGGGGCUGCUAAAUACUAUGAUCUUCUACCCCUAUGCACCGAAAGGAAUUAUUUGAAUUAGAUGCCAAUGCUGGGGGAAAUAUUCUUCUUCAAAUUCAGAUAAACGUACUUUUUGAAGGAAAAGGGCUCUUUAAAAGACUAACACUAGUAAACCUUAAUUCAUUUCCGUCGCUGUACAAAACUGUGAAUUAACAAAUCAAACAAUCGGAAAACAGGAUACAAAAUUAUGGACCAUCUGACUAUAUACGCCAGUCUGUUUUCCUUUAGGUUUUGGUUACCGACAUGCUGUGUUACAAUAUUUAGAAAUGGGCGAAAGAUAAGCUUUUGGAUCGCCUACAAUUAUUUCACAAUUUUACCCCCAGUUCGCUUUACGUUUGGUAACUGUAAACGGAGGAAAAACCCUGUUUGAGCUGAAAAGAAACCCCGGUAUAGCUUUCUUGUGCGUGAUUUGUGAAAUAAACGGCUAAUGCAAUACCCAAUAGCUAACAAAGCGCUAAUCAAAAUUGUUUUCACACAGAUUACUUGGGUGAAACACGACUUACAGCCUUCAGCCAUGUCUGAGGAGUCGGCUGAUGUCGCAUUAAUAACAGUAACUUCCAUAUUAAUUAUCACCUGCAUCGUGGGAAACUUUUUCGUCUGUGCUGUAGUGAUGAAAAAUCGACAAAUGAGGUAAAUUUAAAGUAGUAGUUGUUAACCUAAAUACCUCAUCGUAUUUUUGGCAUAGGUGCAUGAUGGAUCAGUGAAACGCAGACAACGCAGAAAGUGAGUUAUUUGGGCGAGCGAAGCAAGCCGCGAGGGGCCAAGGAAAGGAGAGAGCUCUCCUUUCUCUCAACAGACCCGCGCUUUAGCGUCACCUCUCGCGUGCCUCUCGCGCGUCUACUUUCCACGAUAUCUCCCAAAUGGAAAGCUUGCUCGCAGGCUAAAAGUGAGUUAAAGAAUAUCUCCCGGGAUCGUUGAUUUUAUACACGGUUUGACUUCGACAAGGUUUAUUUUUGCGAUCAACCAAAACCAGUUGAAUUACUUGACAACGACUGGAGCUUCGCUUUUGGCCUUGGCUGAAACGAUAUAUUACCAGUAAUAGCUGACCAUAUCAUUCCACAGAACACCCAUCAACUAUCUGCUCGUCAAUCUGGCAGCAGCGGACAUCUGUUACGUAACAUUUGUUACACCAACAAUUAUUUUAAGCCACGAUGUCGACCAUCCAAAGGGGAUCGCUGGGACAAUUUUGUGCGCAGUUGUAACAGGGGGAGGAUUAGCGUGGACUGGAGCGGACGCUUCAAUACUUACACUUCUUGCCUUCGCCUUUGAAAGAUACUUUGCCGUUGUACAUCCCAAUGGAAACCGGGGAAUGCUAACGUUUCGCAAAGUAAAGGUGUGUUUCUUUAAAAUAAGAUGUUAUGCAGGUACAAAUUUGUCAACACAAAAAGUAGCCUUGCCUUUUUGUUGCAUCCGAUGGACAUAAGUUACUAUGCGUAAAGCUAUCUUUUAAAAGACAGCCCAGUAAACAGGCUAGCCUUCGUGGUUUGCGCAAAAAGGGGAGGGGAGGAGAUGAGGGAGAAAAGUACGUCAGGAAAAAGGGAAGGGAUCGUUUACCCCCUCCCGAACCCUCCCCUCCCUUUUCCCUUCGUCUCAAUCCUCUACCACUUUCGACGCCUGCUAUAAACAGGCGUUCUUCCUCGCUCUUCUAUAUGCUGGCACGUGGCUGGCACGUGUUGAGACAAACUGAUUAAGAAACAGGUAGACAAAUCUUGGGCGGAUCUGGUAAGGGGGAGGGAGGGAAGGGGGAAGGGUUGCAGAUGGUGUCCUGGUCUCGCCUCUCCAUCCUUACUCCCAAUGCGCUUUCCUUAUCUCAGAGACGAACUUUUUACCUAAGACAUUUUUUCGCCACGAGAAAAACAACUAACUUUUAGAUGUGUGAUUCACCUUUUUGAAUAUCAUUUUUUCUCUAUGUUUUAGGUUAUUAUUCCUGGAAUUUGGAUCCUCGUAGCAAUAAACAAUAUCCCAGGAUUCAUGAAACGGAGCCGUUUUGCGGAGGAAAAUAGUUCUAACUACUGCAUUUCCUUGUUAGCUGAGGAAAGUAAAAAGGCCCUUUCUGCUGUUUACUCUUCAAUUGAUUCUGUUUUGUUGAUUGUGCUGGUCUUGUUACACUCUAAGAUCGUGUACACUUUGUGGUUCAAGCACAGUGAUAAUGUACUUACACCUCAUCAACAGGUAUGCGGUAGGACACAACUAGGUUUAGCCCCGGAAAGUGGAAUACUCAACAAUGCAUUAUACGGGGAGGCUCCCCCUUGAUGUCCGACCCCUUAUCCUUUUAUAUACCAUUUUUGACAGAAGAAAUACCCUUUUCGGGCGGAGCCUGCCAGUAUAGGCCAUUACGGGAAGUACCCCCUGGGGAUUUAGCUGGCCUUUAACGGGGUUUACUCCCUCCCUUACAUAUUAAAGUUAUAAUGGUGUGUAUGGCAACAAGGGGUUAUAGUAUUUUGACCAUUAUGGUGUUUUGGGUUUCAAAUAGUGUCAAGUUUCCUGCUUCCUGAUCUUACAGUUUGGACUCUCAGGUUUAAAUCUUUUCAUUAUACAGAACAAGUUAUUAGGCUUCAAUUCCGGCUAUCUUAAGUUGGACCCAAAAUUUAAGGUUUCACGGUCAUAACAAAGGUAGACAAGACAAAAUAAUCGGUAUUAUAGGUCACUUAUAUUGUACAAUUGGGUAACCUGUGGUUUAUGUAUUUAUUUUGUAUACAGGGUGUGUUGGCGUUAAGGAAGCGGACCACCUUAACGGCUGUUACCAUCACUGCCAUUCUUGUAAUCACUUGGGGAGCAGACGGAAUAUUGCACCUGAUACACGAAUAUGCUGGCUCCGUGAAACUGAGUCCUUUAGCACUUCCUAUUGCGCACACGAUAAUGAUAUUUAACUCUGUCGUCAAUCCCUUUGCUUACGCUUUGCUGAACCAAAGAUUCAGGACGAAAGUGAAGGAAAUG